AUGUCAGGCAUGACUAUUGAUAAACAAACCGAACAUGCACUCUUCUCCUCGAGCAAUUCCCCUGAUACAAUGCCAUCUCAGAACGCCUGGAUUAUGGACGAGAAAACCCGGAACAGCCUUCUGAAGAAGUAUCAGACCCAGGUGGCCUCAGGUGCAUCAACUGUCUGUGCGACUUUGGCGGUGACACCACUGGAGAAUGUGAAGACACGCAUGCAGACCCAUAACUUCAAGAACAUAUUCCAAUGCAUGCGCUACCUGUGGCGGACUGAGGGACCCCGUGGUUAUGUUGCUGGCGCUCUCCCUCCCUUAGCCAGUGUCACCGCAGUCCGGGUCGUCAAUUUCACGUCCUACAAUUGGGCUAAACUUCGAAUCUCUGAAACAAUUCAGCAAAUCACCGGAACGUCGCCCCUGGCGGAUUACAAUCAGACUGGCAGCACGCCCACAUUCACGGGAGUUUUGACGUUUGCUACUGCAGGUGCUCUGGCCGGACUCCUAUCUUCACCGCUUGCUUGCCCAUUUGAGUUGGCCAAGAAUGUUGUACAGACUUCGGUCUUGGUGUCUAAUCGUGCUCAAGCUGCCCCUGACGCUGCUCGGGACCCCGACCUGCGCCGCAAGCCCCGCUUAGGAACCAUCCCAGCUAUCCGGCAGAUAAUACAGCGCCAUGGUUUCAGAGGCCUAUACACGGGCUUCCGUCUUCAUGUCUUGCGUGAUACUGUGGGAUCGGCACUAUAUUUUAGCGUUUAUGAGACUGUCAAGCAGGUGGCAGCGAAGGAGCUGGGCGAUAAUAAAUCGCCCUUCGGAGCUCCCAUGAUUGCCGGUGCCAUAUGUAGCACUGUCCCAUGGGUUUGCACUUAUCCUCUUGACACCCGCAAGACCCGUGCUCAAAGCGUCUUGCUCGGUAAAUCGAAAGAGAUUGGCGAGGCCUCCGUUGCCGUCGCCAAAGCGAGUAUGUAUAAGGGUAUGUCGAUCAUUCUGAUUCGAACUGGCCUCAACAACAUGAUUCUACUCAGCAUGUUUGAGUAUAUCAAGGCCAAAAUUACCGAGCUUCCAGAGUGA